AUGCAUCGAAAAAGUACUUCUUCAGAUUAUUUUAAUGGAUCACUUAAUCCAAGUAUCUAUACAGAGCGUCAUUCACUGCCACCACCGCCUCCUCCUAAUACAACAGCAAAACCAACUCACACAAAUACAUUUGUUCACAAACUAUACAAUAUGGUCAUUGAUACCCAUUACCAGCACCUGAUAUCAUGGGCAUACUCAGGUUCUUCCUUUAUUGUCUGUAAUAUUAUGGAAUUCUCAAGGGAUGUCUUGCCAAAACACUUCAAACAUAAUAAUUUUUCAAGUUUUGUGAGACAACUAAAUAUGUAUGGUUUUCACAAAGUGAACAAGUCGCCAAGAGGACAUCGCACAUUAGCAGAGAAUCAGAUCUGGGAAUUUUCGCAUCCAAAGUUCCUACGAAAUCGACCAGAUUUACUAGAUGAUAUCAAACGUAAAGCCCUCGAAUCAGAGACUGGCAAACGCGAGACAGGUGACAUUCAGAGCCACUUACAAGUGAUGCAGGCAUCCCAGACCGACUUAAUGCAGCAGAUUCAAAACUUGUAUGAAAAUUUUUCACAAGUUAUGAAGGAAAUGCAGGAAUUAAAGCAAAAGCAAGACCAACAAACUCAAAUCAUCAGAACAAUGACACAUUAUAUCUCCCAGCAAAAUGGUGGCCAACUGCCACCAGAAUUAAAUUUAGAUCAAGUGGAAAGAAAACAACCCCCUUCAAUCUUCAUUACUUCUCAUGACCCUUCUUCAAAUCAACCAAGCCAUGACAGUCUCUUGAAUGAUAUGCUUCAUAGGUCACCACUAACGGUUCAGACUCAAAAUUUGCCAUUUUCAACAAGGUCGUUAUCUCCCUUCCGUAGUCCAUUACCACCCAGUCCCAGUCCGAGCAUGCUUAUCUCUGAUGAUGAAUUAGAUGCUGCUAGCUCACUCUAUUCUCCCAAUUCGCCACAUACUCCUAGACAGUCCUCUAGCUCACAGAAUCCCUAUCCUUCCUUUAUGAAUUCUCUUGAUCCUUUAUCUCAUCAAUAA